AUGGUCAAAAGAACUGCUAGUCAAAUCCUUGAGAGCCCUAUCAACAAGGAAAUUAAAUUAUCUGAUGUUAAUACUUGGGGAUAUUUGAUAUCUUCAAACGAUGUUAUUACUUUAGAUAAAAAGUUUCAUAUAUUUGGUAAUCAUGAGGCGUUAGAUGGAAAUAAGGAUGUGAGAGAUAUUCUUCGCAGGAAUAACCUAU